AAGCUCAGACCCACCCAUUUCCUGUCUGAUUAAUAUAUACCAAUGGAUAGUGCACCUCCUUGUGCAUCUCAUCUCAGGAGGGGUCUGCUGUUGCAAAGUGCAUUUUGCUGCUUCUGAAUUUAGGGAAAAUGGCACCCGUCAAAAAGGGCAUUCUCGAGCGUCUGAACGCAGGCCAGAUCGUGAUUGGUGAUGGUGGCUUUGUGUUUGCGCUGGAGAAGAGGGGGUACGUGAAAGCUGGACCCUGGACUCCUGAAGCCGCCAUCACGCACCCUGAAGCAGUUCGACAGUUGCACAGGGAAUUUUUGAGAGCGGGGUCUGACGUCAUGCAAACCUUUACGUUCUACGCCAGUGAUGACAAACUGGAGAACAGGGGGAACAACCUACGCCUCACUGGACAGCAAAUCAAUGAGGGAGCUUGUGACCUUGCCCGGGAGGUGGCCAAUGAGGGAGAUGCUUUAGUUGCUGGUGGCGUCUCCCAGACUCCCUCCUACUUGAGCUGUAAGAGCGAGAGUGAGGUGAAGGCCAUCUUCAAGAAGCAGUUGGAUGUCUUUUCCAAGAAGAACGUGGACUUUUUGAUUGCUGAGUACUUUGAGCAUGUCGAGGAGGCUGAGUGGGCUGUCCAGGUUCUGAAGUCUACUGGGAAGCCAGUUGCUGCCUCCCUGUGCAUUGGGCCUGAGGGAGAUCUGAAUGGAAUCAGCCCUGGAGACUGUGCAGUCAAGCUGGUGAAGGCUGGUGCCCAGAUUGUUGGAAUCAACUGCCACUUUGACCCCAUGACCUGUGUGAAGACCGUGAAGCUCAUGAAGGAGGGAGUUGAGCGUGCUGGACUCAAAGCUCAUUAUAUGGUUCAGCCCUUAGCGUACCACACCCCUGACUGCGGCUGCCAGGGCUUCAUUGAUCUGCCAGAGUUCCCCUUUGGACUGGAACCCAGAAUUCUGACCAGAUGGGACAUGCACAAAUAUGCCAGAGAGGCAUACAAUGUGGGCAUUCGCUACAUUGGAGGCUGCUGUGGGUUUGAGCCCUACCACAUCCGUGCAGUGUCAGAGGAGCUUGCACCUGAGAGAGGCUUCCUGCCCCCCGCAUCUGAGAAACACGGCAUGUGGGGCAGUGGCCUGGAGAUGCACACCAAGCCCUGGGUCCGAGCCAGGUCACGCCGUGAUUAUUGGGAGAACAUUCUACCAGCUUCUGGACGCCCGAAAUGCCCAUCUUUCUCCAGCCCUGAGGGCUGGGGAGUGACCAAAGGUCACGCUGACCUGCUCCAGCACAAGGAGGCCACCAGCGAGGCGGAGAUCCGGCAGCUGCUGGAGAAACAGAAGAAAGCCAAGGCCGGUGUGAACUGAGUGUAAGACCUGGAGAGGGAGCAACAGAGCGCAACAGAGCGCCCGGCACCCAGCUUGGUCCUUAAUCAGCUGAUAUGAAGCACUUGCAACAGCAGAGGGGGGAGGGGGGGGGAUCACAAUUAAAUGAAAACCCUAUUCUAAUAAAAUAAAUUUGAAUCUUUGGAUUGAGUUUUAUUUUAUAGGUUGCAGCCCAUAUGCUCACAUAUUCAGAAGAACCCUGCUAAAAGGGUUAUUGCAGCUUGUCCUUUGCAAUAUGUUGGAUAAAUAAGCUUUAUGAAAGAAAAUUUGGUACAGUUGCCCUCUUUGGAUGUAUCAUAAACAAUCAUUUCAAUAUAAA